AUGGCUAUCGACGGCAAUGUCACCGCCAUUGCUCUCAUCCUCUCAAUCCUUUUCAGUACUUACUGCAGCACGCUCAUCUAUGGCAUAGUUGAAGAGCGCCGCCUCCGCCACGCAAAUCACCGCGACGUCGAGGUAGCCAACAACAACAACAACCCCAUCCCCCGUCCCAUUGCCGCCCGCCUGGGCCCGACUAUCGAGCUGAACAACAACCUGCCGACGUCGUCGCCUAUCCUCCGCUCCGCGAACGGCAUCUUGCACCACCCUUCUCCCGUCUACCCCGCCCGCCUCCAGCGCGCCCGCGUCCGCUUCGAAGCUUGCACGGACUCGUGCUGCCAGGACCCGUUUGAGCUGGAGUCGGCGAUGCCCGCGCCUCCUCCGCCGGCGGUUUCGCCUUCUUCCAUCUACGGUGAUGAUGAUUCAGUCUCCGUUGCGCCUGAUGAUGCGUUUUCUGUCGGCAGCGAUGACGAGGAGGAGGACGGUCUCCAUGGCAUGGAGGCUGUGGAGCUGGAUGAUCCGCUCAGUGAGAUUAUGGAGAAGGAGGUGUUUCCUGGUGGAUGCAUCUGA